GCUUCAUUUCAAGCUUGGACGAGCUACCGAAGCGCAGUCCUCAGCUCUCGAGCUGCUGCAAUGGCGGAAAUCUCAGAAUCUUCCAACUCCUCCAAAAUCUCCAGCCCCAAGGCCGAACAGGAAGAAGAUGAUUUCGAUUCAAAUACCAUGCGAAGAACCAAGCCUGGACUGAAGCGCCUCGCUCUUGCCUUCUCCGUCCUCUUCUCCUUCUUGCUAGGUUUUCCUUUACUGUGGAAAUCGAUCGAAAUAUAUCGCGCGCCACUUUCGUUCAAAGAUGUCGAUUUGCUUUUCGAACGGAUCAAGUCGAAUCCUUUGCAGUUCCCCUGCAACUUCCGAGCAAUCUUCGUCGGAUUCGAUUCCAAGACCUCCGAGGAGCUCAGCCGAUUAGGGUACUCAAUUUCUAACCGCAUGACUGGGUUGGCCUCCAAAACACCGCAAUGUGGCACCUGCAGCGGCAAUUUCUCGGUCUCGGUGAUGAUUGAUUCCAAUUCCGGUUGUGUCGAGAGCAGGCAUACUCCAAAUGCAUGUUCGCAUCAGUGUGGUGAAAUUAGGAGUGUUGAUUUCGGCGCCAAUGAUGACACCGUGGAUGAUAAGUUGGAGUCUGCGCUGGGAGAUUGUUCUGGGAAGUCGUACACUGUUGUGGUAGUGAAUGGAGACACCGGGUAUAAAGCUGUAAUUGGAAAGUAUAGGCAUGCAUGGAUUGUUGGUCGGUUUUCAGAGGAGGAAGCUGUUCUGAAAAUCUCCGAAAUAUUUGUUGAAGUGUUCAUGAAGGGUGGUAAUGAGGAAGGCGCGAUUCAUGGGGAGUUUAUGCCUGUUGGAGCUGAUGGAAGGAUUGUUCUUUCAUAUAAUUUGCUCAAUGCUAAUCCUCAGGAUUGGAUCUAUGACUGGGAUUUUGAUAGGAUAGAUGAAGAUAUGUUGUCCCCUGUAGUUGAGGCUUUGCGGAAUGUAGCUAAUAUAUCAGUGGAAAGCCAGGUUCUAUAUCAUACACCAAAGUCCUCAUAUUCUCAUUGGGAUGACGAAAGGGGAGCCCAUAUCUUCAGCGUUGGUGAUCUCCCAUUCUUUGUGAAUUCUAAUGAGUGGCAUUUGGAUACUUCAAUUGCAGCUGGUGGGAGGUCGAAGAUCUUGCAUUUUGUAGUUUAUAUACCAUCAGCAAAGGAGUGCCCACUUCUCUUGCAGCUUCCGGAUGGGGAGAUCUCCAAGACUAAUGGAUUUAUAUCCCCUAUGUGGGGAGGUGUUAUUGUCUGGAAUCCUCCCAAAUGUUUGAGGGAGCCGGAAAGUGGUCAUCCUGCCAAGCACAAAAUUUCUUCUCAUGACCUUCAGAUGAUAAAUGAGGUUUUUAUGGGUCAGCUACGCCAACUUUUUGGUUUGACAUCUGAUAGUCUUUUCCUUGGAAGAUUAGGCAAAGCAAUCCAGUUGACCAGUGAUAAAGGCUUCACAGAAUGGGAGUUGGAUGUCUUAUCACGGCAGCAUGCGUGUUUUAAUCUUCAUUCAUGCGCGACAACGCUUGGCUCUCUUUCCAGAUUGGUUCAAUCUCUACCACGAAUGAUCAUUAUGGAUGAGAUUGGGAAACAGGUGGACUUUUCUUUGGAGGCUGCAAAGCAGGCAGAAAAUGAUGCAUCUCUUGGGAUUUUUGACUCUUCAGCUGAUUCCUCUAGGCAAGCGAGAUCUUUAGCUGAGGAUGCCUUUUUCCAUCCUUCAAUCAUGUCUGUCAGCUACUACUCGUUUGAGCAUUGCUUCGCUGUCUACUCGCCUUUCUUUCUGCCAGUUUCCUUGCACGUCAUACUCGCGGCAUUAAAAGAAUGGAAAAGAUAUAAACAAGAAAAGACCAAGUAUCUAACGUGGAAGGCCAAAGUAGACACAGCAGCAUCUUAAAUCGGUUUCUUCAUGCUGUCCGAGAGUGAGAUUUUGCAUGCUUCAUCAUUA